UUCUACUCUCUUGUGGGAAUGAGUUGCCAAUCUUUCACUUCAGCUGAUACCUUUAUACCUCUGAGUUCUGAUGCCUCUGCAACUCUGCCUCUGAUAAUGCACCACAGUGCUGCUGAGUGUCUCCCAGUCUCCAACCAUGCCACCAACGUGAUGUCUACAGUCCCGUCUAUUUUGUCUUUGAUCCAAACUCCUAAAUGUUUGCACACGUAUUUCUCGAUGACAACUCUGGGAAAUACAGCGACAGGACUUCAUUAUUCUGUGCCUUCCUGUCAUUAUGGAAACCAGCCAUCCACCUAUGGAGUGAUGGCAGGCAGUUUAACCCCUUGUCUUUACAAGUUUCCAGAUCACACCUUGAGUCAUGGGUUUCCUCCCCUGCACCAGCCUCUCCUGGCGGAGGACCCCACAGCCUCUGAAUUCAAGCAGGAACUCAGGCGGAAAAGUAAAUUGGUUGAAGAGCCAAUAGACAUGGAUUCCCCAGAAAUCCGAGAACUUGAGCAAUUUGCCAAUGAAUUUAAAGUGAGAAGAAUCAAGUUAGGAUACACCCAGACAAACGUGGGUGAAGCUUUGGCUGCUGUGCAUGGCUCUGAAUUCAGUCAAACAACCAUCUGCCGAUUUGAAAACCUGCAGCUCAGUUUCAAAAAUGCAUGUAAACUGAAAGCAAUACUAUCCAAGUGGCUGGAGGAAGCCGAGCAAGUUGGAGCUUUGUACAGUGAAAAGGUGGGAGCGAACGAGAGGAAACGGAAGCGGAGAACAACUAUCAGUAUUGCAGCUAAGGAUGCUUUGGAGAGGCACUUUGGGCAGCAGAACAAGCCUUCCUCUCAGGAGAUCAUGCGGAUGGCUGAAGAACUGAAUCUCGAGAAAGAAGUCGUAAGAGUUUGGUUUUGCAACCGAAGGCAGCGAGAAAAACGGGUGAAAACCAGUCUGAACCAAAGUCUCUUCUCUAUUUCGAAGGAGCAUCUUGAGUGCCGAUAAGACGUGUGUGUGUGUGUGUGUGUGUGUGUGUGCGCGCGCACGCGCGUGCGCGCGCGUUAGCCAUUUGUGUAGCAGUUUUCGAGCAAAAUCAGGAAUUACUCACCUGGUUAGCUUCAAGAACUAGAUUAAACCACUAACUUCUACAGUCUUUUAAAGACCCAUUGACUUAAACUGAGAUAUUUAAUUGUUCUAAGACUUCAGUGUUCAUUUUAAUCCUAAAACUAUAACAGCUGGGAAACUCUCACCCCAAUACCUUGUCCAUCCUGUCUCUGCCCUGAACACACACAGAGCCUGGGUGGGGGUGAAAGCAGUGUAUAUGUGAAUCUUAGUUUUAGUUUAAAAUUUCCUUUCUAGGCCAAUUUAUUUUGUUUUUAAUUUUUUAGCAAAUAAGGACAGAUAUUUACAGAUUAUUAACCAUGGAAAGUCCAAGCUGAGAAUGUACUGAUGUGCCUGGAGAGCUGGCUCGGUGGUGAAGGGCAUUUGUGUCUCUCCCAGAGAACCUGGGUUUGAUACCCAGCACCCACAUGGCUCACAAUUGUCUGUAACACCAUUUCCAGGGGGAGUCCAAUGACUCUUCUAGCCUCCAUGGGCACCAGGCAUGCACGUGGUGCACAAAUGUACAUGUAGGCAAAAAAACUCAUACACAUAGAAUAAAAAUAAAUAAAUCUAAAAAUGAAAAAGUAUUUCGGUUUAUAUUUGGCAUGCCACUAGCCCUAAAGAUUUUUUGAGUAAGGUUUGAAGAGCCAGAGGCUACUAAGGAUUUUACCAUUGCCUUCAGAAAUAAUCUUCACUCAGAUUCUAUUGAUGUCUUUGAAGUUAACAUUUAGAACUG